CCACCACAUUGUCAAACUUAAUGACAAAUUGACAGCAGUCUGCCAGACUGACAAUCAGUCAGCUAGCUAACAACAACAACACUAACAACAACAUUGCAAUCAACGUGAAACAGUUAAGAAAUACAAAAACAACAAGCAAAAUAAAUAGCAGCCAGCCAACAACAAUAAUAGCAACAACAACAACAACAGCAACAGCAGCAAACAAUUGACGACAAAUUGAAUCGGUGCGGUGCGGUUUGACAAUAUGUUGAACCCAUAAUGAAGGAAAUUGAUACCGAGACGACAGUAGUAUGGCCAGCUUGGUGUUAUUCCGGUAACACACCCACCGACAUACUGCAACAGAAGCCAGCGAAGGCGACGACGGCAAUUGUGGGCGGCAGGAGCGCAACGCCAGCGACCAGCAAUCAGCACGCACUGCCCGCGGCAGCGGCCACCAAACGCAAGCAUAUUGAACGCGUGGCCAGCGAUCUCCGACAGCAGCAGCAGCAGCAACAACAACAACAGCAGCAUCAGCAGCAGCAGCAAUACAACAGCGGGAACAACAAUUGGAAUAUCAGCAACACGGCAACAAUGCUGAGCGAGCGCUCGAUGCUGCUAAGCGGCUACAGUGCAAUCGAGAGUGCCAAGAAAUUGUGCGAGGCCAGCAACGCCACGGGAGCUGCCGCAGCAACUGCAACAACAACAACAACAGCUGCAGCGAACCACACAACAACAGCAACAACAGCAGCGAGCAGCGCUGGAGCUGCAACAGCAACAGGAACAGCAACUUCAACGGGCAACACGGCUGCCACAGCGGCGGCUGCAGCUGCGGCAUAUGCCGCCCUAUACUUUGGCAAGGUCAAGAAUGAGAAACUCUCGCCGUUGCAUGUGACGGGCGCGCAAAUUGACUCCUUGAAGGAGUCAACGGCCAUGUCCAUGCACAACAAUAACAACAACAAUGCUGCGCUCAGUAACAAUAACAACAACAACAACAACAGCAGCAUUAUCAACAACAUUAGCAACACUAACAGCAAUCAUCUCCUGCAACAGCAACAGCAACAACAACACCAGUUGAGCAUCGGCAACAGCGUGAAACGUGAACGCCUCAGUCCGGGCACAACAAACGGCGAAGUGACAACCGCAUUUCCCAGAUCUCGUAGCGCCACGCCCUCCUCCUCAGCAUAUCGCGGUGGCGGCGUUAUAUCACCGAAUCAGCAGCAACAACAACAACAACAGCAGCAGCGACUUAGUCCUCCAAACAGCAGCCACAUGCCCAUCCAUAAUUUGUCCACCAAUCUGUUGAAUAGCAUCCAGCAGGCAGCGGCAGCCUCGGCCGCCAAUCAGCGGGUCGGCAGCUCGGUGGCUGCCAAUGCGGGCGGAGGCGCCACAACUGGCGUCACGGACUUUGCCACCCGCAACUAUUCGGACAUUAUGCGCUGUCUGGCGGCCAAAUACAACAAUGCAAAUCCAAAUGACAUCAAUGCCAGCCGUCGUAAUUCCAUUUACGAUGGAAGCAGCAACAACAGCAGCAUUACUGCCACAAGCGCCUCGGAACGGGCGGGCACGGAGCGUGCCAAGCCGAGCAAUGUGGCGCUCAAUGCGACAGUGGCCAAUAAAAAGCUAUCACCAGUGGCGAGUCUGCCCAAAGAAACGUCCGUCACCACCAACAGUUUGGCCAAUCUGCCCGCUGCGGCGCACUCUCCCACAGACCACACGUCGUCGGCAGCGGCGGCUGCGGCGGUGGCGGCACAGGCCAAGAGCCAAAUGGCCGCGGUGGUGGCUGCCGCCAGCGUAUCGCCGUUCAUGACAAACUUUUUGCCCUUCUCGUCGGGCAUCUUUCCGCCGCUGAUGGACAUGAGCAGCACACAAGCCUUGCUCACGCUGGCGCGUGCUGCCAAAGAUGCUGAGAUUCAGCAAAUUUUGCGCGGCGUACAACAAACACUAACAACGACAAAGCAGCAGCAACAGCAGCAGCAGCAACAACAACAGCAACAACAACGUUCCAAUUCCAGUGCUUCCUCACCCAAUGCCAGCGCCUCUGCCACGCCGCGUCCCAAUCUGAAUGCGGCGCUCCAGCAGGCGGCACAAUUUGUUACACCCGCUCUUGUCUAUUCGGCGCAACUGCACCAACAACAACAGCAACAACAGCAGCAGCAGCAGCAGCAGCAACAGCAGUCACAUCACGCCUCACGCCAGUCUAGUCCACGUUCCAAUAGCAGCAGCAAUAACAAUAACAACAACAACAACAACAAUAGUGCAGAGACUGCAGCAAGCGGCGCUGCUGCAGCGGCUGCGACAGCGCCGCUUGAUUUGAGUUCCCAACCGCCGGCAGCAAAACGAUUUAAGGCUGAAUCAUCCUCAACAACAACAACAGCAGCAGCAGCAACAGCAACAGCAGCAGUGGGUAUAUUGGCGACGCGUCGUGCCUCCUCCACAACCACAACAACAACAACAGCAUCCACCACACCAUCCCCGCCACUUACGGAGCAGGCAGCGGAAGCGAACGCCAACGCGAAUGCAGAGCCCGCCAAAGUUGGUAGCAGCACGACAACAGUUGCAACUUCUGAAACAGCAGCGGCAUUAGCAACAACAUCAGCAGCAGCAGCAGCAGCAGCAGUAGCGAGCACAUCACCAUCGGCAACGUCCAGUUCCAGUGUGCGUCAGUGUCAGGCACAGAGCGAGGAGGUUAAUUCCUGGACUGUGGACGAUGUGUGCGCCUUUGUGGGUGGAAUUGAUAUAUGCGCCGAGUAUGUGCAGCAUUUUCGUGAUCAGUGCAUCGAUGGCACGGGCCUGCCGCUCUUAACUGAAGACCAUUUGGUAAACUCGCUGGGCAUGAAGCUGGGACCGGCGCUGAAGCUGCGCUCUAUAUUGGCGAAGAAAUUGGGCGGGCCGUGUCCGUGUGUUGCGUGCGUUGCGCAGGCGCAACAAAUGUUGGCAUUGCAAACGGGUGGGGCUGCAGCAGCAGCAGCAACAACAACAACAGCGACUGCAGGCAGCAGCACAACAUUAACAACAACAACAACAACAGCAGUAUCAGGAGCAGCAGCAGCAACUACAACAGCAACAACAAGCACGGUCUGUCAUUUGUCAAGCAGCAGCGGCAGCAGCGGCGGCAGCGUUGACUGCAAUGGUCCCAGCAACAUUGCUGAGACGAAUAGCAGCAACGAUGUUGCGGCAACCUCACGUAGCAACAUGUCAGGGCUGCCGUGCAGCUUUGAUGAUGUUGCCAGCAACAGCACGACCAACAGUAACAACAACAACAACAGCGGCGAUUUGCAUUGCAGUUAGUGGCGGAUUUUAGAAAUUUGCUGCACGUCACAAUUAUUAUAAUAAUUGCAUUUUAACUUAAUUAUUAUUGUUGUACCAAAUGAGCUUUCAAAAAUGAAACAACUAUCUAAUAAAAUAAAUUAAACUAUACAUACAUACAUAAAUUAAUGCUAAAACUAAAGUUGCAAACUUUAACAUUAACAGCAACAACAAAUAUCGCAAAGUCUUCCAAUUUGCACAGAGAAUAGCAGAAUAGAAGGUAGAACUAAAUCUAUAUACUAUAUUUAGUCAAUCGGCAUAUGUUAACAAUAUUUGCAGAACCACAAUUUAUUUUAUGUACUUAAGCAUGUAAUGAUGAUGAAUUAAUUUUACUUUUGUUUAUAACUGCUAGUCAGUAAAUAUUUAAUAGCGUUCAGACCCUCCCCUUCCCCCGCUCCCACACUUAAACAAUUGAAUUCUGUAUUUUGUAAACAAUUUAAAAAUCGAAAGGCUAUUUAUUUUUGUAAUUCUAUGUAUGUAAGAAAUUCAAUUGUUAUUAUACUGUAUUUGUUUAAACUAUUUUUGCGGCCAUGCACAAAGAAUAGAAGAAUUCAAAAUUCGAAAAAUAUAUAUGAAAUAUUGUUUUAAGAGCUCCAAGACUUGAAAAGAAAAACACAUACGCAAAGCAAAUAACGAACUCUGUACAUAUUGUAUAUUUUUUUAAAUAAUCUAGAGAAAAUCUAAUACGAGAAACUUAAAAACUACACAUAUGUGUAGAUAUGUAUAUUUACAGUUAAU